GCCCACGAUUACUCACCGGUGUGGCGUUCCGCGUCUUCCCUCGCGCCCCACGCGAAACGAUGAUGAAUAUCGGUCGUUAGCUCAUCACGAUGCUCACCGGGAGGAUUAUUGGUUUCCGUGUGAAGCUCCGUGAGGAUGUGUCGGAUGUGCCGCUGUAGCGCGUGGAAGUCUUUUGUCUGCGGCGCGCGGAGACUGAACCGGAGCGCGUGAAACGAUGAUGAUGAUGGUGACGGUGAAGGCGUCUCUGUGAACGGUCGGAUCGCGGGACUGUGGCGGGACUUUGCGAUGAGGAUUGCGCGGCUGCUCCGGCAGAAAGGAGCGCACAUGCUGCGGUGUCUGUGUGCGCAGAGAACCGAACCGAACAGCACCGACACCGAUCCUCAGUUGAAGGGGAUAGUGACCAGGCUCUUCAGCGAGCAGGGCUACUACUUGCAGAUGCAGCCGGAUGGAACAGUUGGCGGGACCAAAGAUGAAAACAGCGACUACACUCUGUUUAAUCUGAUCCCGGUGGGUUUGCGGGUCGUGGCGAUACAGGCCGUGAAGGCCGGACUCUACAUGGCCAUGAAUGGAGAGGGUUUCCUCUACUCCUCGGAUACGUUCACAGCGGAGUGUAAGUUUAAGGAGAGUGUUUUUGAGAAUUAUUAUGUGAUCUACUCAUCCACGCUGUACCGCCAGCAUGAGAGCGGACGCGCCUGGUUCCUCGGACUCAAUAAAGAAGGAAUCAUCAUGAAGGGAAACCGGGUCAAGAAAACUAAACCGUGCUCACACUUCGUGCCCAGACCCAUUGAAGUGUGUAUGUAUAAGGAGCCGUCGCUGCAUGAUAUUGACGAGAAGCAGCGGUCCAGGAAAAACUCAGGAACUCCCACUAUGGGCACCAGGAAAGAGUUGAACCAGGACUCUACUGAUCAUGAAGGCUCAUAGCCACACACACACUGAC